AUUUCCACAGAGCGUCACGUAAAGCCGCUUAAUGUGACACCGACUUACUGUAAGACCAGGACCCUGCAGUGCACCGUUUGUGAUAAGUACAAAAAGACUCUGGUGCAGAGCAACAAACUAACCAACGAAGAUCUUCAUUUGAAGGCUGUGACGCUGAGUGCAGGAACCAUUCAAUACAAAGUGCGAUUCAGUAUGUCAACGUACGUAUCGAGUGCCCCACAAAAUAACGGCCAGCCUGUGUGCCUGGGAAUUUCCAACAGCAACCUCUACAUUGCUUGUACCCAGUCUGGUGGUUCUUCCCCCGUCCUGCUCUUGAAGGAGGUCAGUGGCCCUCUGAACACCAUUAAAGCCGGUGACCCGAACGGGUACGACAGCCUCCUCUUCUUCAAGAAAGAGACCGGCACGGCUUACAGCACUUUUGAAUCUGUUAAAUAUCCUGGAUGGUUUAUUACCACAGCUUUUGAUGACUGGAAGAGGGUGGAAAUGUACCAGGUGCCAACUGACCGAACCGCAAACUUCACACUUGAGGAUCAACAAGUAAUCCUGAGUUAAGAAGCAGAUUUGAUCCAUAAACACAUUUCCA